GACCGGUUCGGGACCGACCGAAGAUCACCGAGUUCCGUCGAACGUGCUUAAGGAACAAUAUGGCGGCCGUGGCAAAGUUUUCGCCGCCCGUAUGAGAGAUUCGCGUUCACCACGAUUUAGAAGUUCGCGGUUAACGUUAAUCGUACAGUGACCCUGUCCGGGUCCCGUGGCCCAAUAUCGCGAGUGGUAAAUUCGUUUGUGUCGCAGCACGUCGAAACAGCCCGAUGCGGGUCGCGCGCAAUCCUCGUAGCGCAAAUCAUGACUUCGAUGCUGUCCAGCUUUAACCCGCCUGUCGUUAAACGAUUGCUGGGUUGGAAAAAAGCCGAGGGGGAGGACAAAUGGAGUGAGAAAGCCGUGAAAAGCCUCGUUAAAAAGUUAAAGAAGUCCACUGGCCUCGAGGAACUCGAGAAGGCCAUUACUACGCAAAGUUGCAACACCAAGUGCAUCACUAUACCAAGGCCUAGUCCGGGCAGUGCUGGCGACAACGGUGUCCAAGGAGUACGCGGUAAAGGUCUGCCGCACGUGAUCUACUGCCGGCUUUGGCGCUGGCCGGAUCUGCAGUCGCAUCACGAGCUGAGGGCGAUCGAGCACUGCGAAUACGCGUUUACGCAGAAACGGGACGAAGUCUGCGUCAAUCCGUACCAUUAUCAACGAAUACAGACGCCAGUUUUGCCAGCCAUUCUCGUGCCGCGGCACAACCUAGCCGGGGACGAGCCCGUCCUGUACAACACCUCCCUCGAGGAGCUCAGCGUCAGCGUGCCGGAGAACACGAGCUUCCACGCGACGCUGAACCAUCAGCACCAUAAUCAACAGGGUAUACCGCAAUCCCCGCAGCAACAGCAGCAACAACAGCAACAACAGCAGCCGAACAAUCCCUACCAAGGAAUGCAGAGUAUGCAGGCAACGAGUCCCGCGAGCGUGGGGAGCCUAGGAAGCGUUCAGGGUUCACCGCAUCCGGCCCCCGGAUCCAUGGAUCCACCGGCGGACACCCCGCCACCUGGAUACAUAAGCGAGGAUGGCGAUAACAUGGACCACAAUGACAACAUGUCUUUGUCCCGUUUGUCUCCCAGUCCAGUGGACGCACAACCGGUUAUGUAUUGCGAGCCUGCCUUCUGGUGUUCGAUAAGCUACUACGAGCUGAACACGAGAGUGGGCGAGACCUUCCACGCGUCCCAGCCGAGCAUCACGGUGGACGGGUUCACCGAUCCCAGCAACUCCGAACGCUUCUGUCUGGGCCUGUUGUCGAACGUCAACCGCAACACCGUGGUCGAGCAGACGAGACGACACAUUGGAAAGGGAGCUAGACUUUAUUACAUUGGCGGCGAGGUGUUCGCCGAGUGCCUAUCCGACUCGAGCAUAUUCGUGCAAAGUCCUAAUUGCAAUCAGCGUUACGGCUGGCAUCCGGCUACUGUUUGCAAAAUACCGCCCGGUUGCAAUUUGAAGAUCUUCAACAACCAGGAGUUCGCUGCGUUGCUGUCGCAGUCGGUGUCGCAGGGAUUCGAGGCGGUGUAUCAGCUAACUCGGAUGUGCACCAUCAGAAUGAGCUUCGUGAAGGGCUGGGGGGCGGCGUAUCGACGACAAACCGUUACGUCGACGCCAUGUUGGAUCGAGCUGCAUUUAAACGGGCCGCUGCAAUGGCUCGAUAGGGUGCUCACGCAGAUGGGUUCGCCGCGUUUACCCUGUUCCUCGAUGUCAUAAGAUUGUAUACUUUACCACGUGGUGGAUACGAGAAAGAAAGAACGAUUCCUGUGUUAUCGUCGUCGAUUGGAUUCCCUCAACGCGAAUUAAUAUCGCUAUCGUUCGGAUCCCUCUGCAUUCGCCGAGCCUGCCAGCGACCAGCAAGAAAUGGAAAAGGAUCGUUGUUCGUUUCUAUAGUGUAUGCACGGAACACGAAACGAGAUUUGCGUUCGAAAGUGCCAGGAAAGCGGUUCGAAGAGCAAUCGGCUGUGGGAACAUCCUCUCGAGUCCAUGGACGUUUUCUACGUUUCGAGAAAGAUGGACGGUGUGGGCAAAAAAGAGUGCGGACGAGAGAUCGUAAUAACGAUGCAAACCGGUUCGCAACGAGUCACGCGUUUGGGUUAACUACGAGAAAACAUUCGACGAAGCAAGUAGACAUUGUUAACACAUUUAACCGCACUCCCAAUGUGGCUAGUGCUAGUGAUCCAGGGUUACAAAUCCGAUUUUAACCGAAUAUUAAGAGGGCGAAUAAACAAGUGUUUUAUUACAUAUAUGUAUAUGUAUGUAUGUACACGAACAACGCUCGUAUGUGUGUGCGUAUACAUAUGUGAUACGCUAAGAAAAGCUCAGCCUUCGCAUAUUUUUAUCGCUUGUUAAGCAAACGCACUUCAGUCGUACAGUAUACGUCAGCUCUUACAAGGUAAUACAUAACAUUAUGUAUACACUCACAUUAUAGUCUGCCGAAGAGAAUUUCUAUAAAAAAAAAUGGACAAACGUAUAUGUCCGUUGCAAAGUUUCUAAAUGGCACUGGUCUAUUCGGAGUUUUUUGUCAAUGUUUCUCCUACGAAUAGGAUAACUAAAGUAAAUAUAUAAAGUCUAUUUCUCUUAUAUGAAUAAUUAUAAGAAUGGAUUACAGUGUUCAAUAUGUACGUAACUACUUACACAUGUUUCGUUAAUUAUAAUUCUCGGAUGGACCAGCAAAAGCGUUCAAAUGUCCUCAGAAAUGAUCGCAAUCGGAUACGGAUAGUUAUGUUUCCCGUGUAUUUGGAAGUUUUAAGAAUGGUCAAAUGACGCGAGAUCGAUCACCCGGUAUGCAUGUAUACUGACAAUGUUUAAUCAGAAAUCAUUUUGGAAACGGAAGCCGAAAAAAAAAAAAAAUAUGUUGUAUUAAGGUGUCUUAUCUUGGAUAACUGAUAUUCUUAUUAAGAGUAUAAGCGCUAUAUUUCUAAACAUUCGUAGAAGUACUAAGCGCACGAAGUCUGUGGUAGACAGAAAUACCUAUUUACUUGAUAUUGCAUGAGGGAAGCCGAUUAAAAGUGCAGAAAAAAAAAAAUUAUAGACGUAUAUCUGUCGAGUGUCCGAAAAAAAUUUAUGCAACGCGUAAGCAAACAUUGCACAUUUUGCUGUUGAUGUUAACGUAGCGAACCACUCGUUAGUUGAGAUGCAUUGAAAAAAGUAUUUGGUUCGUUGUAUAAAAACCGUAAAACAUCGUUUCGUGUCGGGAAUAAUAUGUUUUGUACGAGAGAGAAAAAAAAGGAAAAAAAAAUACAAGUAAAAUGAAACGAUCGAUUUGAUUGCGUGAACUUUGACAAAUGUACCAUUCUUCCGCGAGAAUAAGGCACAGCGUG